UUCUUCUUUAUCUUGUGUAUUAAGCGGUUGAUGCAAGAUGUCUAGUGUGAUUAACCAGACCGAUGACCGUCAGGGUGCUGGCACCAUCGAACUUAAAGAUGAUACCAUCAUCGUGGUACUAGGCGCAUCUGGUGAUCUGGCGAAGAAGAAGACCUUCCCUGCACUCUUUGGCCUUUUCCGCAACAAAUUCCUUCCCAAGGACAUUCGGAUCGUCGGAUAUGCGCGGACAAAGAUGGACACCGACGAAUACCUCAAGCGCGUUCGCUCGUACAUCAAGGUCCCCACAAAGGAGAUCGAAGAACAAUUAGAGCAGUUCUGCAAGAUGUGCACCUACGUUUCCGGCCAAUAUGAUCAAGACGAUUCGUUCAUCAACCUGAACAAGCACCUUGAGGAGAUCGAAAACAACCGCCAAUCGAAGGAGCAGAACCGCGUGUUCUACAUGGCAUUGCCGCCCAGUGUCUUCACCACUGUGUCCGACCAGCUGAAGCGCAACUGCUACCCCAAGAGCGGUCUCGCUCGCAUUAUUGUCGAGAAGCCCUUCGGUAAGGAUCUACAGAGCUCCCGCGACCUCCAGAAGGCUUUGGAGCCUAACUGGAAGGAGGAGGAGAUCUUCCGUAUCGAUCACUACCUCGGUAAGGAGAUGGUCAAGAAUAUCCUAAUUCUGCGAUUCGGCAACGAGUUCUUCAAUGCCACAUGGAACCGCCGUCACAUCGAUAACGUCCAGAUUACAUUCAAGGAGCCUUUCGGCACUGAGGGCCGUGGUGGUUACUUCGAUGAGUUCGGUAUUAUCCGUGAUGUUAUGCAGAACCACCUUCUGCAGGUCCUCACAUUGCUCGCUAUGGAGCGCCCCAUUUCCUUCUCUUCCGAGGAUAUCCGUGAUGAGAAGGUCCGUGUUCUCCGCGCUAUGGAUGCUAUUGAGCCCAAGAACGUUAUCAUCGGCCAGUACGGCCGCUCCCUCGACGGCAGCAAGCCCGGCUACCUGGAGGACGACACUGUGCCCAAGGAGUCGCGUUGCCCGACUUUCUGCGCGAUGGUUGCAUACAUUAAGAACGAGCGUUGGGACGGUGUUCCCUUCAUUCUCAAGGCCGGAAAGGCCCUGAACGAGCAGAAGACCGAGGUCCGCAUCCAAUUCAAGGAUGUCACUUCCGGUAUCUUCAAGGACAUCCCCCGUAACGAGCUUGUCAUCCGUGUUCAGCCCAACGAGUCAGUCUACAUCAAGAUGAACUCCAAGCUGCCCGGUCUCUCCAUGCAGACGGUGGUCACCGAGCUGGACUUGACCUACCGCCGUCGCUUCUCCGACCUCAAGAUCCCCGAGGCCUACGAAUCCCUGAUUCUGGAUGCCUUCAAGGGCGACCACUCCAACUUCGUCCGUGAUGACGAGUUGGAUGCCAGCUGGCGCAUCUUCACUCCCCUCCUGCACUACUUGGAUGACAACAAGGAGAUCAUCCCCAUGGAGUACCCCUACGGCUCCCGUGGACCCGCCGUCCUUGACGACUUCACUGCUUCAUACGGCUACAAGUUCAGCGACGCCGCUGGCUACCAGUGGCCCGUCACUACCUCGGCCCCCAACCGGCUGUAGGUCUUGAGAGUAUAGCUGUUUACGAUGAUUAUGGGAAGCGGAUUCGGGAUACAAAGGAAUUAAAAUCUCUAUUUUCUGACUCUGGUUGAUUGUUUGGCCGGCAGGAGUCGCGUCAUAUUGUGAUACUUAGGUUUUCGAGACCAAUUCAAAAUUAGGAUUGGAUGCGACGCACGCAAUGAAAGAUACUUACGCCCUUAUUUUGUUC